UCCACUCGUGUCUCCCUCUUUAUCAUAAUUUUGCUAUGCUUCAAACCCACCAACAAAUUCACAAAUACAAGAAUAUCCAUGAAGAUUCUUCUUCAUCAUACACUAAUCCUUGUUCUACUCAUGAACAUGUUAUCCAUAGUUAACAGCCAAACAAAAACACAUGUAAAAAUAGGAGUUAUUCUAGAUAUGAAUACCAGCAUUGGCAAGAUGACCAAGACUUGCAUAUCAAUGGCGACACGCGAUUUCUAUCGUAAACACGACAACUACACCACGGUCAUCCGCCUUCACUUUCGUGAUUCCAAACAAGACAACGUUCAAGCAACUUCUGCAACAAUCGAUCUCUUAAAAAACGUUCAAGUCAUGUCCAUUUUCGGACCCAUGACAUCCGCACAAGCCGAUUUUGUCAUCGACAUAGGUAACAAAUCAAAGGUUCCUAUCAUAUCACCCGCAACAAGCCCAUCACUCUCACCAUACAACAACCAUUACUUCAUCCGGUCUGCACAUGAUUCGACGUUACAGCUAAAACCGAUAACCGAACUGAUCAAACACUUUAGUUGGAGUGAGGUUGUGUUUGUGUAUCAAAAUGAUGAGUAUGGAAGAGGCCUUGUUCCUUAUUUAUCCGAUGCCAUGAUGAACAUUGGGACCAAAGUUAUGCACCAAACAGUCAUACAUCCUUCGGCUUCUGAUGACUGGAUUCGUGCGGAAUUGUAUAAGCUUAAGACGAUGCAGACUCGGGUUUUCGUGGUACACGCGUUACCAGAUUUGGCUUCGCGGUUUUUCAAGAAAGUAGACGAAACAGGAAUGAUGGAAGAGGGGUAUGUUUGGGUUAUAACCGAAGUGUUAACGAGUCGUUUGCAUUCGUUGGAUCGUGAAGAUGUUGAUUCAAUGCAAGGAGUGCUAGGUGUGAAGUCGUAUAUCCGGAGGACGAAGGAGGUAAACGAGUUUGAGAAAAGAUGGAAACAGGAAUUCCGAAGGGGGUAUCCAGAGGACGAAGUGACGGAACUAGACAUGUUUGGGAUAUGGUCGUAUGAUAGCGUUUUUGCACUAGCGAAAGCGCUACAGAAAGUAGGAAAUGAAGUUAAUAUGACUUUUCACCGAGACUCUCGGGAGUCAACAAGCGAUUUGGAUGCCAUUGGAACCUCGGAAAUGGGGUCGAGUCUAGUUAACUUGAUCCGAAACUCACGGUUUAAAGGGCUGAGUGGCGAUUUCCAUGUUGUUAAUGGACAGUUACAACCAUCGGUGUACGAAGUAGUGAACAUUAUAGGAAAGGGGGAGAAAUCGAUCGGGUUUUGGAGUCCUGAAAACGGCAUGUCGAAGACGUUAAACGGUCGAACAAAGGAUCUUAAGGCGGUCACAUGGCCCGGUGACACUCAUGUUAUCCCUAAAGGCUGGGAGAACCCAACUAGCAAUGAAAACAAGUUAAGAGUUGGUGUUCCAGCAAAAGGCGGGUUUGUUCAGUUUAUCGAUGCCAACACUGACCCUCAAACCAAACAAGUUGUCGUGACGGGGUUCUGUGUUGACGUUUUUGAUGCGGUCGUUGGCGCAUUGCCUUACGCGGUCAAACACGAGUUCAUACCUUUUGUCACUCCAGAUGGCAAGAAACCUGCUGGAAGCUAUAGUGAUCUUAUUUACAAUCUCUCGGAUGGGAAAUAUGACGCAGUGGUUGGAGACAUCACGAUACUUGCAAAGCGUUCGGAUUAUGUCGAUUUCACAUUACCAUACGCCGAAGGUGGUGUUUCAUUGAUCGUUCCAAUCGAAGACGAAAGAAAGAGUGCAUGGAUCUUCAUGAGACCCUUAGAAAAAGAGCUUUGGAUAACAACCGGAGCCUUUUUCAUAUACACAGGGCUUGUGGUAUGGAUUCUCGAGCAUCGUGUAAACAAAGAAUUCCGAGGCUCUCCUGGGCAACAAGUCGGAAUGAUCUUCUGGUUUUCGUUCUCCACACUCGUUUACGCACACAGGGAGAAGUUGAUAAGCAACUUAUCGAGAUUUGUGGUGAUCGUGUGGGUGUUUGUGGUGCUGGUACUGACGUCAAGCUACACCGCAAGCUUGACAUCUAUGUUAACGGUACAAAAGCUUCGACCGAGUUACACUGACAUUGAUGAGAUCAAGAGAAAUGGCGAAUCGGUAGGAUACCAAGAGGGUUCUUUUGUUAAGGAUAUGCUGAAAGGUAUGGGUUUUAAUGAUAGCCAGUUGAAAAGCUACAGCACGUUUGAGGAUUACGACAAAGCCCUUAAAAACGGAAGCCGAAAAGGAGGAGUUUCUGCGAUUAUGGAUGAGCUCCCUUACAUUCAGGUCUUUUUGGCGAAAUACUGUAACAAGUAUACCAUGACGGGUCCCACUUACAAAACCGCAGGCUUUGGCUUUGCAUUUCCAAAAGGAUCCCCGCUGGUCCAUGAUGUUUCUAGAGCAGUCCUGCAAGUGACAGAGGAGCAAAUGUUGAAUAUUUCCAACCAAUGGUUUGGAGCAGCAGCCAGUUGUGACCAGCAGAAUGGAGCUAAAGUCAACUCUGACAGACUCAGGCUCGAUAGCUUCAAAGGACUUUUCCUCAUUGCGGGUUUAUCAUCAACCUCGGCUCUCCUAGUUUUCUUCUUCAGGUUUUUGCAUCAAAACAGAGAGAUAUUGGUGUCGCAAGAUUCACUUAGCCAAAAGAUUGCUGCAAUUGCGAAGAUAUUUGAUGUGUUUAAAGAUGAUGAAGUCAGAAAGUCAAACGUAGAAGAAGCAUUUGAGGAAUCCGACAACAAUAAUAGUCCUGCAAUUAGUGUGUUUCAUCAAGAAGCAGGAAUGUUCUCGCAUGAUGAAGGGUUAUUUACACCUACGGAACCUGGUACUCCAGUUCAUGACACGAUACAAGCUGUAGAAACUACGACCAAUAUUCGCUAAUCGUACAUACAUGAUACAUCCCUCGUUAAUAUCAGCUGUUAGUUUAUAGUACUAGCUUCUCAAUUUCUAUUCUAUUUGUAAAAACACCAUCCUAAAAUUCGAUAUGGUAUAAAUUCAGUUAUUAUAUCCAUAACAC